CAGUCAAACCAAGUCUGAAAGACAUGGAGUGGUUGUGGAACCAGGAUGCCUCUCGAGACCUUUUACUGGCGGUUCAUCCACCAAACUACAUAGUACUUUGGAAUGCGGAUACUGGUACAAAAUUGUGGAGAAAAAGUUAUGCAGAAAACAUACUUUCCUUUUCAUUCGAUCCCUUUGAGCUGUCAAAUCUCGCUUUGCUGACCAGUGAAGGAAUAGUAUUUGUCUCCGAUUUUUCACCAUCCAAAGCUCCUAGCAGUUCGGGGAAGAAAGUUUAUAUAUCGAGUCCACACUCAAGUCCCGCCCAUGCAAAACCAGCAGCCACUAGUGCCAAGAAAGCCUUAAACAAAGUGAAGAUUCUCAUCACCAAUGAAAAGCCCAAUGCCGAGUCUGUAACUUUGAAUGACUGCCUGCAGUUAUCCUAUCUACCAUCUAAGAGAAACCACAUGCUGCUGCUGUAUCCCAGAGAAAUCCUGAUCCUUGACUUGGAAGUAAACCAAACAGUAGGCAUAGUUGCUAUUGAACGAACAGGAGCUCCAUUUCUUCAGGUCAUUCCUUGCCGCCAGCGGGAUGCUUUAUUCUGUCUUCAUGAAAAUGGCUGUAUUACACUAAGGAUCCGUCGAUCAAAUUCAAAUUCAUUGGCUCUUUCCAGUGAAGAGCAGGAUCCGGAUCAGCCUGUUCAGGAACUCACCUAUGAUCUACGUUGUCAGUGUGAUGCAAUCAGAGUCACUAAGACAGUUCGUCCUUUUAACAUGGUGUGCUGUCCUAUUAAUGAAAAUUCUGCUGCUUUAAUUGUCAGUGAUGGCAGAGUCAUGUUAUGGGAGUUGAAAACAAACUUACUGGGGCCAAAGCCUUAUUGCAGUUACUCAGGUUCCACAGUCUCUCCUUUAUAUUGUCCAGUUUCAUUUUGUGGAAUUCCAAUGGGUACCCAAAAAAAGAAGUUUCCAGAUCUCUCCUUGGAUAACAUGAUAGGGCAAAGUAUGGCAGUAGGUGAAGAACAACCUAAUGUUCCGUACCAACAGGAGGUUCAACUGAAGUUCCUGCUGACUGGCUUGUUGUCGGGUCUCCCACUGCCACCUUUUGUCAUACGAAUGUGUCCACCACUUACUACCAAGAACAUAAAGAACUAUCAACCUUUGUUGGCUGUGGGUACUAGCAAUGGAUCUGUGUUGGUUUAUCAUCUUACUAGUGGAUUGAUACACAAGGAAUUAAGUAUUCAUUCCUGCGAAGUCAAGUAA